GAGCGGAAGAGGAGGUGCCUCGCCUCUCCCCAUACCUGGAAGUGCCCCGCUCCCCAGUUAUAUUCACCAUCAUUGUGACUGUAGUCACAGAGAGUGUCAGAGUGCAAUACGCUUCUGAGAGUCCCGCAGUGGAUGAGCACUGCUAAGCUGUUGUAUGCUGUCAAUAUUAAGAAGACAUUAGGUUUACAUCAAAUUAAGGACACUUGUUCAAAAGACGGGUGUGCUGAAGAAGGAGAAAAUAACCUGGAAGAAGUUACAGUGAAGAGAAUGUCUCAAAACAGUUAUUAUGAGUUUGAAAAACGGAGCCAAAGUUCAGGCUACCCUUCUCGCUUGGGUGGAUCACAUGCAGAGCUUGUUGGGGGUAAUCUCUGCGACCCUGAGACUUCUGUGGAUUUGUCCACAUACAUCGAAACAGGAGAGGAAAUGCUGUCUGAUCUCUUUACCCUUAAACAGGAUCGUCUGAAAGGAACUUAUCCAUACAUGCCCACAGAUGGGUUACCGUCUUCAACUAUGUAUGGCUACCCACACAGCAUGGUCCCAGAGCGUAGAAUAGGAGGAUAUGAUUCUGGGGGAGUGAUAGUCAAGGAGGAGACACGAGGAUCACACAGGACUGUGUGCAACACUCUACAGUACCAGGCUGCACAGUGUGCACAGACUGCAAUGCACCUUUCUCCUCAGAUGGAGGGUGUACACUCUGCACUCCGUGCACUAAAGGGCUCCCUGUCUGGGAUGUUGCCUGCCCCUCCACUGAAAGAGCCAUGCCAUAAGGGUAAGAAGUCACUGAGUAAAGACAGCCUGGAGUACCGUCUACGUCGUGAGAGAAAUAACAUUGCAGUGCGGAAGAGCCGUGAUAAAGCAAAACGCAGAAAUCUGGAAACUCAGCAGCGUGCCCUAGAAUUUAUGGCAGAGAAUGAGAAAUUGCGCAGUCGCAUUCAGCAGCUGACUCAGGAGCUGGAGGCUUUGAGGGGGGUUUUCAGGCAAAUCCCAGAAGCUGCUGCUUUGGCCAAGGGAUCUGGAGGAUGCAGCUGAAAUUUUUGAAACCACAAAUGACACAUAUAAAUGACUGAUAAGCUGCCAAAAAAUAUAAUUUCAGGGAAGAAUUCUAGGCAGAGAAUGUGGAUACAUGAAUAACAGAUCCCCAUAUAUACAUACAAAUGUAAAUAAAUACAUGUCCUAGUCUGUGGCUAAAGCAUGUCACACCACUGACACACCUUUCUUUUCAAUAAAUUCAUCAGCCAACUAA